AUGGAUCUGAUAACCUCGGACGGAUCAUCUUCGAAGCCUCCUCCGGCUUCGUCCACGACGGCACCUCCGCCGGUUGAUUCGGCGACGAGCAUGGGGGCGCCGGUUCCUAUGACGGUGGAGCGGAAAUCGAAGAGGGGGACUCUAAUGCAGAUCCAGAGCGACACUAUUUCAGCUGCCAAAGCCGCUUUCAACCCUGUUCGGGCAAACAUUAUGACCCAAAAGCAAAAGAAGAAGCCUGUUUCUUAUGCCCAACUUGCAAGGAGUAUUCACGAGCUGGCUGCCACAUCUGAUCAAAAAAGUUCACAAAGGCAGUUGGUGCACCAUGUGUUUCCAAAGCUUGCAGUGUACAACUCAGUUGACCCAUCUUUGGCCCCAUCACUUCUAAUGCUUGAUCAACAGUGUGAGGAUAGAACUGUACUGCGGUACGUUUAUUACUAUUUGGCAAGAAUUCUAUCCGAUUCAGGUUCUCAAGGUGUGAGCCCCGGUGGUGGGAUACCUACUCCAAAUUGGGAUGCUUUGGCUGACAUAGACGCAGUUGGAGGUGUGACAAGAGCUGAUGUUGUUCCUCGAGUAGUAGAGAGAUUAACAUCAGAGGCUUUAAAUGAAGAUGUUGAGUUUCAUGCACGGAGACUACAAGCUUUAAAGGCUCUUACUUAUGCUCCUUCCAGCAGCUCGGAAAUUCUAUCCAAGUUGUACGAAAUUGUGUUCAGCAUCCUGGACAAGGUUGGAGAACCACAGAAACGAAAGAAAGGAAUAUUUGGAAAUAAGGGUGGUGAUAAGGAGUCGAUCAUCCGGAGCAAUCUGCAAUAUGCGGCGAUAAGUGCUUUGAGACGACUCCCUUUAGAUCCAGGGAAUCCUGCUUUUCUUCACCGUGCUGUACAGGGUGUUCUGUUCUCCGACCCUGUAGCAGUGAGGCAUUCGCUAGAGAUUCUAUCAGAAUUAGCCACAAAAGAUCCCUAUGCUGUUGCAAUGGCAUUAGGUGAUGUACUUUCAAGUUUGACUAGUGCCCUGCAGGAUGUGAUCCAUUUGAAUGAUGUUCUCGCUAGAGUUGCACUUGCUAAAUUGUGCCAUUCUGUGUCCAGAGCAAGAGCAUUAGAUGAACGUCCAGAUAUCAAGUCUCAGUUUGAUUCUCUCCUCUAUCAGCUUCUCCUAGAUCCCAGUGAAAGAGUUUGCUUUGAAGCUAUACUUUGUGUAUUGGGUAAAUUUGAUAACUUAGAGAGGACUGAAGAAAGAGCUGCCGGAUGGUAUCGUCUGAGUAGAGAAAUUCUGAAACUUCCUGAUUCAUCUUCUCUGAAGGACUUGACUUCUGAGGAUAAAGAUUCAGUUCCGGCAAAGGCCAAGAAAGAUAAGUCUUCUAAGACAAGGCGUCCACAGCCUCUGAUCAAGCUAGUCAUGCGGAGGUUAGAAAGUUCUUUCAGAAGUUUUUCACGGCCUAUAUUGCAUGCAGCCGCGAGAGUUGUACAGGAGAUGGGAAAAAGUCGUGCUGCUUCCUUUGCCUUAGGGCAGUAUAUUGAUGAAGGAACAGAAAUUAAUACUUUUUCUGAUAGCAGUGACUCGUAUGAUGCAGAUAUAAAUCCAACUGCACCAUCUGAAGGUAGUAUUCGUAGAGUUCCCUCAAUGUCUAGUGGGAUGGCCUCAAAGGACACAAUUGCCAGUUUGUUGGCUUCGUUAAUGGAGGUUGUGCGAACAACUGUUGCAUGUGAAUGUGUUUAUGUGCGUGCGAUGGUGAUCAAAGCGCUUAUAUGGAUGCAAAGUCCGCAUGAAUCAUUCGAUGAAUUGGAAUCCAUCAUUGCAUCUGAGCUUUCAGAUCCUUCUUGGCCAGCAACUUUGCUGAAUGAUGUGUUGCUCACAUUGCAUGCUCGUUUUAAGGCUACACCAGACAUGGCAGUAACUCUUCUUGAAAUUGCUAGAAUAUUUGCAACUAAAGUUCCAGGAAAGAUCGAUGCUGAUGUACUGCAACUUCUUUGGAAAACUUGUUUGGUUGGAGCGGGACCUGAAGGAAAGCAUACAGCUCUAGAAGCUGUCACAAUAGUUCUUGAUUUACCCCCUCCUCAACCUGGCUCAAUCCUGGGACUGACCUCAAUUGAUCGGGUGUCUGCAUCUGAUCCGAAGUCAGCUCUCGCUCUGCAGAGAUUAGUUCAAGCAGCAGUAUGGUUUCUUGGAGAAAAUGCAAAUUAUGCUGCAUCUGAAUAUGCCUGGGAAUCAGCUACACCACCUGGUACCGCGUUAAUGAUGUUGGACGCUGAUAAAAUGGUUGCUGCAGCCAGCUCUCGUAAUCCUACUCUAGCUGGUGCUCUGACUCGACUCCAGAGGUGCGCUUUCAGCGGCAGCUGGGAGAUCCGCAUUGUUGCUGCUCAAGCUCUUACUACAAUGGCAAUAAGAUCUGGUGAACCUUAUAGGCUACAGAUCUACGAGUUUUUGCAUACUUUAGCCCAAGGAGGUGUACAGUCUCAGUUUUCAGAUAUGCAUACUAGUAACGGUGAAGAUCAGGGAGCUAGUGGCACGGGCCUUGGCUCGUUAAUAAGUCCUAUGCUGAAAGUCCUUGAUGAAAUGUAUAGUGCACAAGAUGAACUUAUAAAGGAGAUGCGCAAUCACGACAAUGCCAAAAAAGAAUGGACAGAUGAGGAACUUAAGAAGCUGUAUGAGACUCAUGAGAGGUUGUUAAAUCUUGUGUCGCUCUUUUGUUAUGUUCCAAGGGCAAAAUAUCUUCCUUUAGGGCCAACGAGUGCAAAGCUCAUUGACAUCUAUCGCACUCGGCACAAUAUAAGUGCAUCAGCAGGCCUCAGUGAUCCUGCUGUUGCCACUGGGAUCUCUGACCUUCUCUAUGAAACUUCCAAGCCUAAGGUCACUGAUCUGAUCUUUGAAACUACCAAGUCAAAGUCACCCGAGCCAGAUGCACUUGAUGAUGACCUAGUUAAUUUUUGGGCUUCAAGUCUUGGUGAUGAUGGUGCACCUGCAGUGAAUAGGGUUAAUGAAUUUCUUGCGGGUGCUGGUACUGAUGCCCCUGAUGUUGAGGAAGAGAAUGUUACUUCCAGACCUUCUAGUUAUGAUGAUAUGUGGGCUAAGACUCUCUUGGAAACUACAGAAAUGGAGGAAUAUGAUGCUAGAUCAUCUGGGUCCUCAUCUCCUGACUCAGUCGGAUCCGUUGAGACAUCCAUAUCCUCACACUUUGGAGGAAUGAACUAUCCGUCAUUGUUCAGUUCAAAACCGUCCACUUAUGGUUCUUCACAGCCCAAGGAAAGAGCUGGUGGAAGCAGAUACAGCGCAUAUGAGGCCCCUGGUUCCCCAAUAAGAGAAGAACCUCCUCCUUAUUCAUCUCCUGAUCAUCAAAGAUACGGGUCGUUUGAGAAUCCCUUGGCGGGCCCCGGUUCCAACAGCUUUGAUGAAGGAAGGCCUUCUUCUGGUGCCCGGCAGUCCGGGACGGCUCUUUAUGACUUCACUGCCGGUGGUGAUGAUGAGCUUAAUCUUACGGCUGGUGAGGAGCUUGAGAUUGAGGAUGAAGUAGAUGGCUGGUAUUAUGUAAAAAAGAAACGCCCUGGGAGGGACGGGAAAAUGGCCGGCUUGGUUCCGGUUCUUUAUGUCAGCCCAUCUUGA